UUCUUCUUCCAUUUACCAUCUGGGUUUUGCUUCAUUACAGUGAAUCCUCAAGCUUCAGAUUUCUCUUUAAGCUUUUUAAGAUUUUUCAAAAAGUGUGCGUAGAUCAGCCUUGUAUAGAACUGAGAUUUUGGUGAAGCUUUUAAAUUGGUUUCUUUGUUCUCUGUUCUUGUGAAGGGAAAACAAAGACGGUGGCUUUCGCUCGGUAAAUAGAUUAUGGAACAUGAUUUACCGUCUAUUAAAUCAUGGAAGUCACUUGUUAAGAGAAGAAACAAUGCUCAAGAAGGGGGUAAAUCGUCGUGGAAAAUGAAACCGAUUGUGGUGCUCAUGUGUACAGUACUUUUGAUCUUUUGGUAUAAGACUACAAAUAUUCAGUAUGAACAGACAGAGAUAGAAGAAACAGAUUAUCCAUUUGAGAUGGCAAAGGAAUCUGAACCGGUCAGUGAAAAGUUGAAAGGCUUGCCUUUUGGUAUCAUGCAACCUAGAUCAGAUUUGGAGUUAAAGCCACUUUGGUCAAGUAGUAGUUUGAGAUCAAAGAGCGGCGAAAUGACCAACCGUAACUUGUUGGCAAUGCCGGUAGGACUUAAGCAAAAGGAUAAUGUUGACGCUGUUGUAAAGAAGUUUCUUCCUGCAAAUUUCACUGUCAUUCUAUUUCAUUAUGAUGGAAACAUGGAUCAAUGGUGGGAUCUAGAGUGGAGCUCAAAAGCCAUACACAUUGUUGCACAUAACCAGACAAAAUGGUGGUUCGCGAAACGUUUUCUCCAUCCUGAUAUUGUCUCCAUUUACGAUUAUGUUUUUCUUUGGGAUGAAGAUCUUGGAGUGGAGAAUUUCAACCCGGAAAAGUACCUGAGGAUAGUUAAAACUGCGGGACUGGAGAUAUCUCAACCGGCCUUGCACCCAAACUCAACCGAAGUUCACCAUAGAAUUACAGUCCGGUCUAGAACGAAAAUAUUUCAUAGGCGAGUUUACGAUAGUAGAGGCAAUAUGAAGUGUUCAAAUGCUAGCGAAGGGCCUCCAUGCACCGGAUUUGUUGAAGGAAUGGCUCCAGUGUUUUCGAGAUCUGCGUGGUUUUGCACUUGGAAUCUAAUACAAAAUGAUCUGGUUCAUGGGUGGGGAAUGGAUAUGAAACUUGGAUACUGUGCUCAGGGUGACCGUAGCAAGAAAGUAGGCAUUGUCGACAGUGAAUAUAUCUUCCAUCAAGGCAUUCAAACUCUAGGUGGAAGCGGUUAUCCCGAUAAGAAGAACUCAGCUCGCAGCGGAGUGAAUCGGAGACGCGGUUCUGCUACUUUUGAUUCAAGAACAGAGAUACGGAGACAAUCAACGUGGGAGCUGCAAGCUUUUAAAGAACGGUGGAACCAAGCGGUUGCAGAAGACAAGAACUGGGUCGACCGGUCUUCAUCGACCCGGAACCGAAUUGGCAAUAACCGGAGAUUAAAAAGAAGUAGUGUGAUUCCAAGUUUAGUGCAGAGGAAAGCUGAAGAGACUACAACAUAAACAGAUACAGUUUUAAUCAGAUUAUAUAUAGAGAGAGGUUUUUUUCUUUUUGGUCUCAUUGUUAUAUAUAAGUUAAUAGUUAAUCAUUUACUCUCUUUGAUUAGUGUAGUUUUCAUGGUCUUCUUUAGAUGUGGUUCAAUCUUUGAUUAAAUUCCAAUUAUAUGA